GCGCGUGCGCGGCAAAUGCGUUGAUUUCCGGCCUCCGAGUUGUUGGGACAUCGGAGACCCAGUUGGUUACUACACAGUUGGCCGUUCAGCAAACUGUGAACCAACGUGAUGUUGGCGUACAUCUGGCAGUACUUUUAUUCGUUCUUCCUUCGCUUCUGCUUGAAGUGGUUACUCAGGCAGCUCACGGGCAGAUGCGAGCUGCAGCGAAUUUGCUCCGGAUGCGCGCCGGGUUCUGUGAGGACAACGCGCGUAGGUGAGGAGAGCCACAGCUGGGUCGGUAUAGAAAACGAGUCUAUUCGUCCGCAUGUCACCCUCGCUUUAAUAAAAAUCUGCUCAUCACGGAGUGUGUGUUGUCUCAUUUCAGAGUACUCCCUGAAGAACUCCAAAAACAAGGUGUUGCGAGACGCCGUGAACAUGAAGGUAGAUGUCGUGAAGGACUGUGUGGCUCAGAUUAUGAGAGAAAAGAACAUCAUGGAGCAAAAAGAUCUUGUUUUUAAGGUGAGUUUUCAGCAAUGCCUGCUGCAGAUAAGUGGCUACAACACCCUGUUUGCAUCAGUGGAGAAUCUCAGGAAAGAGGCAUUUGACUCGGAAAACCAGCAACAUGAGGAAAUGCUUCUUAAGUUGUGGGACUUACUGAUGCCGUCGGUUACGCUAGAAUCUCGAGUCACAAAGCAGUGGGGGAGUAUUGGGUUUCAAGGCGAUGACCCCAAGACGGAUUUCCGAGGGAUGGGUGUACUUGGCCUCGUGAACCUGCUUUUUUUCAGUGAGCACUACACAGAUGCAGCACGGCGCGUCCUGUCUCAUGCCAACCACCCCAAGCUGGGGUACUCCUAUGCCAUCGUGGGCAUUAACCUGACAGAGAUGGCUUAUAGUUUACUGAGGACUGGGGCUCUGAAGCGUCACUUCUACAACAUGGUGACUGGGGAACCACAGCUGCACCACUUCCACCAGUUCUACUGCUACCUGGUGUAUGAAUUUGAUCAGUUCUGGAUGGAAGAGGAACCUGACAGCAUCAUGGACUUCAACCACUACAGAGAGAAGUUCCAUGAAAAGGUCAAAGGGCAUCUUCUGGAGCCAGAGGUUGCCCUCGUCUUGAACGUGGAUCCUAAUAACUGACUAGGGUUCCAGAGGAUCUCAAAUUACUUUGAACACAGUUUUUGUUCUCUGAUACAAAACUAAGAAGACUGAAUUCUAGCUUUUUAAGGACAUCUCUCCCAAACUCCUUAUUUCUAAACAGUAGUAAGACUGAUUUAAAAGCUUAAAACACUGAGCCAGUCAGUGUGCUCCUUUACACAAUACUGCAGAAUACUGGAGCUCGUGUGUGUGUGUGUGUGUGUGUGUGUGUGCUGAAUCAGACGAUCUCCACACAUAUGCUGAAAUAUUGCGUGAAAGGAGUAUUUAAAAGGUUUUGGUAGCUAAACCGGAGUUCUCCUCACACUCGCCUGCAUUUUAGCGUUUGAUUCCUGGUGGGUCCUUUGUGUUGACACACCACCUCAGGAGUUUGAUAUUUAUGUACGCAGAGGAAGACCAUAAGUUAUAAAUGACUUUUUUUUUUUUUUCUUUUUUUUUUUUAACUUAAGCUAAAUUGUCAUUGCACAUAGACAAUUUGAAUUUUUUUUGCAUGUUUUAAUGCGUUCCAAUUGUUAAUAAAUUUACUCCUGUGGUACACUUUAAGCAGGUGCUUGCCUCAUAACAGAAGUAAUUGGAUCAUGUACUCAGUGUUAGUAUGUAGAUAGUAAUAUUAACGGUGAAGUACUGGUAAUUGUGUGAAGUCCAGGAAUCUGGUUCUGUCCUGCCAUAGGAUUUGUGUCCUGUCUUAUUUUACAGCUGUGGAGGACAGUUUUGUAGUUCCAGUCACACUCUUAAUAUGCUUUGUACAAUUGGAUAAAUCAUUAAUGUUAAUAAAUUAAAUGAGUGGUAAA